AGGUAUGUGGGUAUCUAGUUACAUGUGGUAUGGUCUCGUAUCACGUGUAAGACCGCGGGACAUUUGAAAUCGGUCCGUUUACACCUUGAGUGGGUGUGAUGCCCGUCAAAUGCGUGCGUCGUGCGCCAAGAACAUGUCAUACAGGUAUAAUUAAUUUCAAAUAGCCCAAUACCGGAUGUUUCUCGAUGAACUCGAAACAGUAGGCUAAACGUAGCGAAAUUACUCUUGUUCUUCAUUUCGACGAGUGCAUCCAUUAUUUGACGCCAUCCCUAGAGCGAUGAGCCUACACUGCCCUGAACACGUUAAAUUCAGAAGUGGUGGCGUCAAAUCAAAAUAGCCAACGGGGUUGUUGUAGGCUAUACCCAACUGUUAAUGGCCUUGGGCACGUUUCCACACCCGUCGUCGUCUGGCAUGGUGACUGCCUUGCUGUUAUUGGACAGAAAAAAAGAUAAGAGCACACACGUGUUUCUCUAUUUAUCUUUUAAACGGAUUUUUAGGCGGGAGUCUUGGGAAAUAUUUUUUGUACAGAGAAUGUAAAACCUUGCGCACUCAUAGAGCACUUAGACUACGGUUGAAAUAGUCAGUUUGAAGUCGGCGGUCCUGAGCACAGCAGAACAGGAAGGAACGCAUCAUGGGCAACGCAGAAUCUUCAGAUACAUGCAUCCAUCGUACAGCAUGCAAAGCAACCCAUCAAAGCAAACGAAGAGGUUGUCAGUACUCUGGAAAAGAGAAUGAUGCGAACCUGCAGCACCGUCCUGUGGUCAGCCGGCAGUACUACACGUUGCCGGGCAACGGUGUGGAGCGUCGCACGUCGGCCCCUCCAGCCUCGCUGGCCCCGGAACCACCGCGCUUCCACCCGCAGGCCAAGGGCAAGAACAUCCGCCUGGACGCUCAUCUGCGGCGCGCCACGCGCAAGAACAGCUUCUGCAACGGCAUCACCUUCAGCCAGCGGCCCGUGCGCCUCUACGAGAAGGUCCGGCUGCGGCUCUCGGCCAUCCAUAGCGGCUGGAGUGGCGCGCUGCGCUUCGGCUUCACCAGCCUGGACCCCGGCGAGCUGGCCUCCUCCGACAUCCCCAAGUACGCCUGCCCGGACCUGGUGACGCGGCCGGGCUACUGGGCCAAGGCGCUGCCCGAGAGGCUGGCGCUCAGGGACAACGUGCUAGCCUUCUGGGCCGACCGGCACGGCCGGGUCUUCUACAGCAUCAACGAGGGCGAGCCCAUCCUCUUCCACUGCGGCCUGAGCAUCGGGUGCCCACUGUGGGCCAUCAUCGAUAUCUAUGGGAUCACGCAGGAAGUCACGCUGCUGGAGAGUACGUUUGCUGAGAGUGUUGGAGCCAGCUGUCUGAGUGCGGUGCGCCUGAGCGCCUACCUGCCACAGAGCAGCCACGACUCAGCCAACUACAGCAACAACCAGCUGGAGAGCAGCCAGGCGGCGGCCGCCAAGAUGGCCACCCUGCAGCUGGCGCCCUACAACCAGCUCAUCCCCUGCUGCUCCUCUUCGCCCUCCGCCUCCUCCGCCCUCAACAACCCUACCUCCUCCACCUCCUCUUCCUCCACCUCCUCGACGUCAUCUACGUCCAACGGCGGCGGCGGUGGUGGUGUCGGGCCGACCACCCCUCCGCCGUUGAUCCUCUCCUCGGCCGGGCCGAGGCUCAUGGCGCCCCCCUCCUCUUCCUCCUCCUCCACCUCCCCCCGUGGCGGCGGUCUCGCCUCCUCCUCCUCCUCCUCUUCCCCCCUGGACACGGACCUCCACUUCCACCCCGUGCGCGGUUCUGACGUGGUGCUGUCCGCCGACCGCACGGCCGCCUGCGUCCACUUCCUGGACGGCAGCCGCACGCUGGUGUUCGGCGACCGGCCGCUGCGCCCCGGCGAGACGCUCUACGUGGAGGUGGGCCACCUGGGCCUGCCCUACCUGGGCGCGCUGCUCUUCGGCGUGACCUCGUGCGACCCCGCCGGACUGCAGGCUGCCGACCUGCCCGCUGACCCCAACCUGCUGCUGGACCGCAAGGAGUACUGGGUGGUCUACCGCGGCUUCCCCAUGCCCUGCGCCGGCGACGUGCUCAGCUUCUGCCUGCUGCCCAAUGGCGAGGUCCACCACGGGGUCAACGGCGGCGCCCGCGGACGCCUGCUCUGCGUGGACGCCUCGCAGCCCCUCUGGGCCUUCUUCACCCUCCACGGCGCCGUCAACCGACUCAGGAUCCUGGGCACUCUGCAGGCCAGCCCUCCCCUCAGCUCUCCCUCCAUCUCGCAGAGCAGCUCACCAGACGACAGUGAUUCCGACCUAGCCUUCAGCGUCAACCGCUCCUCGUCUGCCUCUGAGUCAUCUCUGGUCACGGCCCCGAGCUCCCCGCUGAGUCCACCGGUUUCGCCCACCCUACCCUCCCCAGAGGCGCCCUCCGGAGGCGGGGGCAGCAAGAGCGGCGAGUGCACGGUGUGCUUCGACCAGGAGGUGGACACGGUCAUCUACACGUGCGGACACAUGUGCCUGUGUCACGAGUGCGGCCUGAAGCUCAAGAAGCAGAUCAAUGCCUGCUGCCCCAUCUGCAGGAGGCCGAUCAAGGACGUCAUUAAGACCUACCGGCCCUGAGGCCACAGCAGCAGUGGGGGGUGGGGGGGGGGGGGGGGGGGGGGGGGGGCGGCUAUCAAGGACGUCACCAAGAACUACCGCCCUUGAUCAGAGGUGGACAACUCAGGCUUCAGAAAGUACCACAUCAUACCACGUAUUGGUUCAUCCUGUUGGCACAUAGGUGAUUUCACUAAUUAGCUGAUCACCUGGCUUAAGAGUUGUGCUAAUCACAAUCAGCUGGUUUAGUGAAUGGUCCGAAUAAAUAUGUCAUUCGACUUUUACUUUCUAAAGCCUGACACACCACUUGUAAUGCCACAGCUAGGGCAGGGGGAUGGAACCCCCCCCCCCCCACACACACACACACACACACACACACAUACACCACUUGGCUAAUGACUGUGGAUUCAUAGAGUACCCACCCCCCAAAAAAGCCUACCAUUACUAUCCUCUAUGUCAUCAUAGAGACCCCUUCUGGAGGGAACUGAUUUGAGGCGAUCAGGGUGGUCAUGGUGAUGAUGUGUAGUGGACAAAGCUGAUGAAGGUGAGGAACUGUUGUGUGUAGCAGCUGACCCAGCAAGCAGCACGGCCAAUGACUAGCAAGGAGCAGCCGCUGCGAGCAGUCUUGUACCCAGGAACAAAAAAUGUAUUUUAGUGCCUUUGAUCUUGGAGCUUUUGUCCUUGAAGCAGCACAUGACUUCAAAUACGACAAUCAUCCUUUUUUUUCUAUGUUUCAUGUAUAUAUUUUCUCUUUUCUUUCUUUCAAAGAAGGUGAUUGUGAAUGGACAUAGGAUGGCAAGAGAGAAUUGAACAGUAAGAGGAUCAGUCCGGGGAAUAUUUCCUGCUGGGACGACCUUUUUCUGAGGUUAAAAAGUUUCUUUGGCAGAUGCAAAUAGAGUGUGACGAUUGCAACAGGAGAAAACUGGCAUGUUGGUUGCACUUUUGAGUAGUUUGACAUAGACAUGAGACGCUAAAGGCAUACGAGAAAGCCUGGUCCUGGUUGUGGGUUUAAUAUAUAUAAAUAUGGUUAUGUAUUCAAUUAAAUGAUUGUGUUAUCCAAACUGUACAUGUAUGUUUCAAAUUGUAUGACUGUGUAAAAUACAUUUAUAUGUCAUCAUAAUUCUGUAUUUUAUGACCAUAAAAAAGAACCGAUCGCUGCACUCUUUUCAGAUUGCUAUUUCUCUGCAUUGUUCAGGAAUCCAGAGCUACCAUCUCGUCCGUACUUGAGUCUGCAGCAGCUCAGCCGUAGCUUUUCAGCAUGACAGAUCAAGCUCAUUUAGCAGUAGACGCCAGUUCAGUUAACAAGAGAGAAGCAUCGCAGUUUGCUGUUAUAGGUAGUCGUGCUCAUAUAAAGCUGGACAAAAGUUCCUACGCACAAACUACUGAAAGGCUUUCUCACAGAUGGUUGUUGACAAGUUUUGUGUAGGAGGCCAGGAGUGUGUGUGUGUGUGUGUGUGGUUCCCACAAUACGACAGCAGUUUAGAGUUCAAAUUGGUGCCUUAGCAGAAGAAAAGGAAAUUGCACUACCUUUCACAGACAUGUUUUUUUAAGCAAAACUGUGCUUGAGGUGAAGAAACAAAGGUGGUGACAUUAAGACAUCUAUACACAAGAUUCAACAUACAACAUUCCAGAGAACAAAAUCCUGGAUAAUUUCACUUGUUGGCCACUUAUAAAUUCAACACAGGAAAAAAAAAUAUCCUCAGCAAUUCUUCCAUAGGUGCUCUAAUCAAAUGGUUCUUCACAAGCUCAGUACAACAGUAACUCCUCAGUGUUGAGUCCACCCACUCGGCAUAUGACAAGCUUCACCUCAUUUCUUUCCACUGCAUUCCCGCUAAACUGGGAUAAUGAGCCGAUGUGCUUAUGACCAUAAAUCCAAGGUCCACUGAAAAUGAAAUUCAACUCACCAUUACUGAUGUGUCUCUUUGUCAGUGAUAUUUCUAUGUACUGACCUGUUGUUUAGAUGUAGGCCUAUCUAAGACAGUCAAAAUGAGGGACUGAUGCAAUUUAAUUCUGGCUUAUUUUCCUGAGAAAAAUAAUUUUCACCCCAAGGCUGGUUUGCGUCCAGUCUCAAGACUUGAGUACCUUGUAUCAUCACAAUGUUGGAAAUCAAAUAAUCAAAUUCACAACCAAAGCUGCUGUAAAACAGAGACUUUUCAAACACGUUCUCAGGACAGGGUUGACAAGUAAACCUUAUCAAUUGUGAAUGUAAAUCUUGUCUUGUGUGCUUGUAAAAAUCUACAUAUUUCCAAAUGAUACUUUGAUGACGCGAGAGUGUGGUUCGUACAAAUGAACGCUAGAGGUCAGCCUUUACCAAGUGGUCCUCUCCGUCCUCUUCGCCUCUACAGUUAAAUUCUAGUGUGGUUCUAUUUUUGCCAUUGCUUGUAGUGUUUGUACAUUUGAAUAUAUUUGACUCAUUACACAUUAAAUAUUCUGUGUGUCACCUCUAA